CCCGCCCGCGCCUGCGCUGCCCGCGGGGAGCGCGCACGCAAAGCUCGGGCGCGCGCACGGCUGGCGUUUCCUCGGCGCGGAGGAGGGGGGACGCGCUGAGGGAGUGGUCAUCAGCUUUGGUGUAUGUGUUGGCAGGUUCUGAAAUCUCCCUGAAGCAACUCAGAUUAAAGAAGAUCAAAGCAGCAGAGUCUUUGCCAACUGGAGAAUGGACCGAUUGGGUUCCUUUAGCAAUGAUCCCUCUGAUAAGCCACCUUGCCGAGGCUGCUCCUCCUACCUCAUGGAGCCUUAUAUCAAGUGUGCAGAAUGUGGUCCACCUCCUUUUUUCCUCUGCUUACAGUGUUUCACGCGAGGAUUUGAGUACAAGAAACAUCAAAGUGAUCAUACUUAUGAAAUAAUGACCUCAGAUUUUCCUGUUCUUGAUCCCAGCUGGACUGCUCAAGAAGAAAUGGCUCUUUUAGAAGCUGUGAUGGACUGUGGCUUUGGAAAUUGGCAGGAUGUAGCCAAUCAGAUGUGCACCAAGACCAAGGAGGAGUGUGAGAAGCACUAUAUGAAGCAUUUCAUCAAUAACCCUCUGUUUGCAUCUACCCUCCUGAACCUGAAGCAAGCAGAGGAGGCAAAAACUGCUGACACAGCCAUUCCAUUUCACUCUGCAGAUGACCCUCCCCGACCUGCCUUUGACUCCUUGCUUUCUCGGGACAUGGCAGGAUACAUGCCAGCUCGAGCAGAUUUCAUCGAGGAGUUUGACAAUUAUGCAGAGUGGGACUUGAGAGAUAUUGAUUUUGUUGAAGAUGACUCGGACAUUUUACACGCUCUGAAGAUGGCUGUAGUGGAUAUCUAUCAUUCCAGGUUAAAGGAGCGACAAAGACGAAAAAAAAUUAUAAGAGACCAUGGAUUAAUCAACCUUAGGAAGUUUCAGUUAAUGGAACGACGAUAUCCCAAGGAAGUCCAAGAUCUUUAUGAAACAAUGAGGCGAUUUGCAAGGAUAGUGGGGCCGGUGGAGCAUGACAAGUUCAUUGAAAGCCAUGCAUUGGAAUUUGAACUCCGAAGGGAAAUCAAAAGGCUCCAGGAAUACAGGACGGCAGGCAUUACCAAUUUUUGUAGUGCCAGAACCUAUGAUCACCUCAAGAAGACUCGAGAAGAGGAACGCCUCAAACGCACCAUGCUCUCUGAGGUCCUCCAGUACAUCCAGGACAGCAGCGCCUGCCAGCAGUGGCUCCGCCGGCAGGCUGACAUUGAUUCUGGCCUGAGUCCUUCUGUUCCCAUGACUUCGAAUUCAGGUAGACGAAGUGCACCGCCCUUGAACCUCACUGGCCUCCCUGGCACAGAGAAGUUGAAUGAGAAAGAAAAGGAGCUCUGUCAGAUGGUGAGGUUGGUCCCGGGAGCCUAUUUAGAAUACAAAUCUGCUUUAUUGAACGAAUGUAACAAGCAAGGAGGCUUAAGACUGGCACAGGCAAGAGCACUCAUCAAGAUAGACGUGAACAAAACCCGGAAAAUCUAUGAUUUCCUCAUCCGAGAAGGAUACAUCACCAAAGCCUGAGGCUCCCCAGGAGUGUGGGCGGGCCAAAGGACCUCACGGCCUUUCUGGAGCCUUGUUUUUGAACUGAAGUGUCGUUGUGAAAAGAGAGGAAGAACAAAGGAAAUCUUCAGUUUUAUUAAUGUCUACUUUCUUCUCCACCCUGCUUUAAAAUACUCUUGUUGUUGGUAUUGUGCUGCAGAAUUAUGUGCUAGAUAAGCUAUUGUUAAUUGUGUGUGGGCAUUCAUUCCUAACACCUCUUAUAACUAAAACAAGAACCAUAGUACCUCACAUCACAGUGUUAGUAGAAAUAGAACUAAACCAGUCUGUAAUCCCAGGAGUGCAGCUCAGAUUCUUGUACCUGCUUGGGAGGUUGGUUUUCUGAUUAUGUUUUGCCUUCAAACGUUACAGACAGAUUUAAAAUAAAGAGGUUAUAGUGAGAGAAAGUUUUCUCUUUCUGUUUGAGGGUUUCUUUUUAAGCUGACAACUUAUGUUUUUGAGUAGAAAGGAGGAAAACCUCCCCAUGAUGAUCUUGUCCCAAACUGUACUUGGAACUUGAAUGUCUGGCUCUGUAAUCUGCAGUCUGACUGUCUAAUCUGCAGAAGACUUUUGAGGAGGUAGCAAUGGAUAUAAAAUGUCUCUGUUAUUUUUAGAAUUGAUUAAAAUGUUUUGCUACUUAA